UGGGGGGGGGGCUUGAGCAUUCAAAUGACAGGCAGUAUCAGCAGAGGCACAGAUUAUUUGAGGGUGGGAUGUGCUCCAUUUCUAGACUUCCAAAUCAUAUGAAGCACCAGCUUCACUUUCGCAGUCAGGACAGGUAAGAUUCCUCAUGAAAAGUAGGGCUCCCUUUUGCACGGAAGUAGAGUCAUGAAUGAAUCACGGCUGUAUACUAACUAAAAACGAAAGACUCCUGCUAGGUGUGUUCUCUGUGUGUGUUGUGUCCGCGUGGGGGCUGCUAGUGGGUGUGCCUUUGCAUAGGCGACCGAGCGAGUCCUCGCGCCCUUGGCAACCCCGGGCCAAUUUUAGUUUCUCGGGAAAUGGAAACCGAAACUCUCCUCCUCCUCCUCGCAGCCCCGCCGUCCCGUUAUCUGCUCGCUAAAAAGCCGCCGGCUCGCUCCCCGCCGCGCACUGAAGCCUCGGAGAGGAGCGCCUGUGUGCGUAACGAGGAUGAUGCUCUCGCCUCCCCGCCACCUGCUCGGCCUCCUGCUCCGCGCUCUGGCCGCGCUCUGGAGCAGCCUGGCGCCCCUCUGGCUCUGGGGGGCUCCCGGGCGCCGCCUGCCCGCCCCGGAGAAAAGGAGCCCCUCCGGGACGCCGGUGCCGCUCAGCGUCAACUACCACUUCACCCGGCAGUGCAACUACAAGUGCGGCUUCUGCUUCCACACAGCCAAGACCUCCUUCGUGUUGCCCCUGCAGGAAGCCAAGAGAGGGCUCAGCUUGCUCAAGCAGGCGGGCAUGGAGAAAAUAAACUUUUCAGGAGGGGAGCCGUUUCUGCACGAGAGAGGAGAAUUUGUUGGGAAGCUGGUCCAGUUCUGCAAGGAAGACCUUCAGCUGCCGAGUGUUAGCAUCGUGAGCAACGGAAGUAUGAUCAAGGAAAGAUGGUUCAGAUGCUAUGGGAAAUACCUAGACAUACUUGCAGUGUCGUGUGACAGCUUCUGCGAGGAAGUCAAUGUUUUGAUUGGCCGUGGGCAAGGGAGGAAAAGCCAUGUUGAGAAUCUCCAAAAACUGAAGAAGUGGUGCCAAGAUUAUGGUGUGGCUUUCAAAAUAAACUCUGUGAUUAACAGAUUCAACAUGGAAGAGGAUAUGAACGAGCACAUUAAAGCUCUAAACCCUGUCCGUUGGAAGGUAUUUCAGUGCCUGCUCAUCGAAGGAGAAAACACAGGGGAAGAGGCUCUGAGAGAAGCGGAGAGAUUUGUCAUCAGCGACGAAGAUUUUGAACGAUUCCUGCAUCGUCAUAAAGAUGUCUCGUGCUUGGUGCCCGAAUCUAAUCAAAAGAUGAGAGAUUCAUACUUAAUUCUGGAUGAAUAUAUGCGUUUUCUAAACUGUGCAAAUGGCCGGAAAGAGCCUUCCCGAUCUAUCCUGGAUGUAGGUGUAGAAGACGCAAUAAAAUUCAGUGGAUUUGAUGAAAAUAUGUUUUUCAAGCGAGGAGGAAAAUACGUCUGGAGCAAAGCAGAUAUGGCACUAGAAUGGUGACCAAACCUGUCUGUUUACCACAUGUGCACUGGAACCAUGAACAGUAUCCAUUUCUUCCACCCUCAAGAGAGAACGAUAUGUAUUUUAGCUUCUUUGGGUGUGACUGUGGACUGCUGCAAGCAAAACAGGUGUACAUUUCCCCACAAGUGGGAAUUAGCUUUCAGUCUCUGUAUAUUUAAAUAAUGGCUUGCACCAGCAACAAAAGCAGCACUGUGUAUACAUCGGCUUGGAUAAAACAUCUCCCCAAAGACUUAAACACAGAAGAAGAUUUGAACUGUCACACCAUGUCUUCCUAAGUCUUUGGGUUUGCAGAGGAAGACUACAUAUUAACCAGCAAUACCUAAGGUCAGUGAGGCUUAAAUGUAUAAAGAGGAAGGCCCAUGGUGUCAACGACACACGUGCUCAGAUACUUAUUUACAUGCACGGAGGCAGCUGUCAUCAGCACUUUCAGAUAAAUGCUGUUAAGUUGAAGAUAUAGCCGGACAUCAAGCACACACAGACAUCACUGGAGCAUUACUAAAUUAAAGGUAAAGGUACCCCUGCCCGUACGGGCCAGUCUUGACAAACUCUAGGGUUGUGCGCUCAUCUCAC